CGCCCAUAUAAAAAUAAUCAGCCCCCCGCCCACACUACUGCGUGUGUUUCUAUAGACAGAAAUAGAUACAGCGAUGGCAGAGGAGAUUACGACGGCGCCGGAGCCCAAAAACGUGUCGGAGAAAGAUUCCGGCGCGGUGGAGGAGCUUCCGAAGAGUAUAGUGCGUAGGCUAGUAAAGGAAAAGCUUUCUGAACACGGCGAAAUCUCCGUCCUCCGCGAGGCCGUUGAGGCUUUCUCCGAGAGCUCUCGCAUCUUCAUACACUACCUCUCCGCUGCUGCUAAUGACAUAUGUAAGGAGUCUAAUAGGCAAACUAUUAAUGCCGAAGAUGUGUUUAAAGCGCUUGAGGACAUUGAGUUUUCUGAGUUCGUUGGGCCGCUGAGAGCUUCUCUCGAGGACUUUAGGCAAAAGAAUGCUGUAAAAAGAUCAGGGUCAUCGAAGGCAAAGGCACCAAAAAAGAGUAAGAAAGAGACAUUAACAAAUAAUGGAACCGAAGAAGAGCAAAUUAGUAAUGAAGGCGAUGAAAAGAGUGCAACAGAGAGGCAGAUGGAAAAUGAAACUGAAGAAGAGCUCAACAAUGAUGAAGAAAAUGAAGAUGGCAAUGAGAACAGGACAACGAAUGGAACUAAAGAAGAAGAGGACAACAAUGAUGAAGGAAAUGAAGAUGACAUCAGUGCACCUAAUGAUAUUGAAAUCAGGACCUAACGAAGCUCCGAGUAUUUUCUGGCUUCCUGUGAAGCAUUGAUAAUACUGAUAGACUCUAGCACCUUUAUUUAAUCCUCUUUAGAGUUUUGCAGAAUUAUAAGAUCCCUGUGAAUAUGAACUUGCAAUUUCUAACAUUUCCGUCGUGAUUUAUUAUUACUGGAUUUUAUCAUC